ACGGGCUUCUCACAUUUGUCACAUUUGAACAGAGCUCAGACUUGGCCCAGAUUGUUGAGAAAACCGUUAUUUCUUAUACACAGUUCCCCUCAAAAAGCAGCUCAUUCACCGGUUUAUCGCCACUGUUAAGAGUCCCCAGUUCCCACUCUCUUCUUCCACAGCACAGACAGAAACAAAAACCAAACCUCCAGAAGCAGCAGCAGAAGAAGCCAUGUCACCUGGACCCGUGGUUGAGGCUACAGAGCCCGAGACCGAGCCCCUGGUCCCCACCACCGACGAACCCAAGAAGAACUCUGAACCGCAGAAAGAUGAGGUUGUUGUCGAGGAUGUGAAGGAGGAUGCGAAGGACGACGACGACGACGAGGAAGACGACGAGGAGGAGGAUGAGAAGGAGGAUGGGGAUCAAGGUGCAAAUGAGGGUUCCAAGCAGAGCCGAAGUGAAAAGAAGAGUCGCAAGGCAAUGUUGAAGCUGGGUAUGAAACCUGUUACUGGUGUUAGCAGGAUUACCAUCAAGAGAACAAAAAAUAUACUAUUUUUCAUCUCAAAGCCUGAUGUUUUCAAAAGCCCACAUUCUGAGACGCAUGUCAUAUUUGGGGAGGCAAAGAUAGAGGAUUUGAGCUCUCAGCUGCAGACACAGGCUGCUCAGCAGUUCAGAAUGCCAGACAUGGGAUCCAUUAUGGCAAAACCAGACAUUUCUGUUGCUGCUGAAAUGCCGGCGGAUGAGGAAGAAGAGGAGGUUGAUGAAACUGGGGUGGAGGCUCGGGACAUUGAUUUAGUCAUGACUCAGGCGAGCGUGUCAAGGAGCAAGGCCGUCAAGGCUCUCAAGACUCAUAAUGGGGACAUUGUGAGUGCUAUUAUGGAGCUCACCACUUAGACAUCUCCCUAGUCUAUUCUGCAGUGGUGCUUUCAGAUGACGAGUCAUGGUAUUUAUGUCAUCAUUUAGUUUUUGCAAUCAAUUCGGCUCACAUCUGUUUUUUGUUGGACUUGAGACAGUUUUGGGUCACAGUAAGGAUGCGUUGUCCUGCUGAGUCAAGAUACUCGAGUCAUAAGGUUUCGUUACCGGUUUUUUUGUUCCUUACUGCUCAUCUAAGCCUUGAUCCCAACUACUCGCUGUAUGAAUUUCUUACAAGAUAUUCUGGCUGGCAAAGCAAGUCUUUCUCUCGUAGUUCCUUCUAAGAAUUGUUUGCUAGAAUCGCCUAGAGUUUCUGACAAUAUGUGGCAUGAAAUCAAAGAGUGGUUCCGUUAUAUCUGAGAAUUAAGUUCAUGUGAA